AGUUGGAGAAAGGGAAUGUCGAUCGGUGAGAGAUCGGUUACAGAGGCGGCCGGGAGCGUCAACAGAAUGACCAAUGUGGACAAAACAGCUGACCAGCUCACUUUGACACAACAGAAGAACCUUGAGGGGUACGUGGGAUUCGCAAAUCUCCCCAACCAAGUGUACAGAAAGUCUGUGAAGAGGGGCUUUGAGUUCACUCUCAUGGUCGUUGGAGAAUCAGGUUUGGGAAAGUCUACACUCAUCAACUCCCUGUUCCUGACAGACUUAUAUUCACCAGAGUAUCCCGGACCCUCUCACAGAAUCAAGAAAACUGUUCAGGUGGAGCAGUCCAAGGUGCUGAUUAAAGAAGGUGGAGUUCAACUGCUGCUCACCAUUGUGGACACGCCAGGCUUUGGAGAUGCCGUUGAUAACAGUAACUGCUGGCAGCCUGUCACCGACCACAUUGACAGCAAAUUUGAGGAUUACCUCAACGCGGAGUCACGUGUCAAUAGACGCCAGAUGCCCGAUAGUCGAGUGCACUGCUGUCUGUACUUCAUCGCUCCCUCUGGUCAUGGACUGAAACCACUGGAUAUUGAGUUCAUGAAACGGUUACAUGAAAAAGUGAACAUCAUCCCGCUCAUCGCAAAAGCAGACACACUGACUCCAGAGGAGUGCCAACAGUUCAAGAAGCAGAUAAUGAGAGAGAUCCAGGAACACAAGAUCAAAAUCUAUGAGUUCCCAGAGACUGAUGAUGAGGAGGAGAGCAAGCUAGUUAAGAAGAUUAAGGACCGUCUGCCCCUGGCUGUUGUCGGCAGUAACACCAUCAUCGAGGUCAAUGGGAAGCGUGUAAGAGGGAGGCAGUAUCCCUGGGGCGUGGCAGAAGUGGAGAAUGGGGAGCACUGUGACUUCACAAUCCUACGAAACAUGCUCAUCAGAACUCACAUGCAGGAUCUGAAGGACGUGACCAACAAUGUCCAUUAUGAGAACUAUCGCAGUAGGAAGCUGGCUGCUGUCACUUACAAUGGCGUAGACAACAACAAGAACAAAGGCCAACUCACAAAAUCUGACACAGUUGAAGGCAUUAGGAGCCCCCUGGCACAGAUGGAGGAGGAGAGGAGAGAUCAUGUGGCAAAGAUGAAGAAGAUGGAAAUGGAGAUGGAGCAGGUGUUUGAGAUGAAGGUCAAGGAGAAGAUCCAGAAACUCAAAGACUCUGAGGCAGAGCUACAGCGGCGUCAUGAACAGAUGAAGAAGAACCUGGAGGCUCAGCAUAAGGAGCUGGAGGAGAAGAGACGUCAAUUCGAGGAGGAGAAGGUCAGCUGGGAGGCCCAACAACGCAUGCUGGAGCAGCAGAAACUGGACGCUUCCAGGACCUUGGAAAAGAACAAAAAGAAAAAGAUCUUUUAAACCACUUGGACCAUCACCAUAUUCUAGUUGCCAAUUAUACCAGCCUGAACCCUCAGUCAGUCUGCCGACCAAAAUCAUACAUUUAUAUAAAGCCCCAUGUUUUGUUUUUUGUUAGGUUUUUUUUUUUAUGUGGGGACAGUGUGCCUCUGCACACCCCGCUGACCUGGAAACACUUAACACUGUCCACACAUUAUGCUCUUUUUCCACAUCUAAAAGCAUCGGUUCAUUUACCAGACCUCAGAAACUGAGAGCGCAGAAGCGCACUUAAUCUAUAAUGAAUAAAAACAGAAACUUCUCAGAGAUAUGCAAUAUUGUAUGAAACGAUAACCUCUUUGGGUCUGUUUUGAAUUUGUAAUAUGUCAAAUUCCCAUCCUGCAUCAUAUGUUUGUUCAGUGUUUUUAGAUCCAGAGGUCACUUCCUCCUCUCCAACUGCAUAUUGAUUGGCCACAUCAAUAAAACUAAAGGCUGAAUCUUACCUCAGGCAUUUCUGUCCUUUAAACAACUUUUUUGUGGCUUCUCUUCCCUUCCUGAAAUGUUAAGCUCUUCCAAUAUUUGUGUAAAUUAAAUUAUUUAGCCAUGGACCUUAGCCAUUCAUGAAUUGUUUCUUCAGUUACUAUUAUUUUGUCAUGUUUAAUUUGUUUCUCAUAUAAUUUUCCAGUUCACUGUUUAAGCGGUAGCACAUAGUCAUCUACAGAGCGUUUAUGAAUGUCACAUGAUUUGUUUAUGGAUCCUCUAUUAUUAAUGAAUGACAUUUAUGCAAAGUCUAAAAAAAACUGAGGAUACAUCACACAUUAUAAGGCUUUUUUAAAUGAUUUGUUCAUGUCUGUUGCCUACCGUCGGGUGCGUUUCCUGUUCUUUGUCGUGUAAACUGACCCGGGAGCAGUGAGCUGGCAUUCUUGGCCAGUUGUUUUUUGUUUUUCUCUCUAUAGGCACCGAGUUCCACCUGAGCUGGCCUCCCCCAAUACCACACUUAGCUUUCAGUCAUGUACCUCUGCAGCUUCUUUUUAUAAUUUUGUUUCUCUUGUUUUGCUUUUUCAUUUUUAUUGUAAAAAGUCACAAUAAACUUGUGAUGAUGCCAUUUGAA